CAURUUUCUUUUCMUGUUGUUUKCUACUCCCWGUGUAUUUUUCUCAUUUUGCCGAUUUUAGGAAACUAAAAAGUMAGCAUUAACAUCGCCAUGUGUUGAAGUCGCUUCCAUGGACCGCAACUUUGAUGUUCUUGGCCAGUACCGRUCCGUAUCAUCYAAAUUAAAACGAAGGUUUCUGAAAAAGCCCAAUGUYACUGAAGCAGUCAGCCACUUCGGCAGCCUUUCAAAAGAACUCCAGCGUCAAGGCUGCCCUCAAUAUAGUGGAUUUUGCUGUCUUGCAAAGGCGAGAUGUGAAAACACUCUGGUAAACCCUGUUGGAGAAGUGGAAGCUCUAACGGAAGCAGCAAGGCUGUUCCUUAUGGCAGAGCAAGAGAACCUGGACAUGGGGUGCCCUAGCUUUGAGGAACAUUUGACUGAAGCAAUUCAUAUUUACAAUCAAGCUAUUAAAGUGCACUGUUCGCACGGAAACUCAGCUUUAGCGUCUUGUCUGUGCUUAGAAUUAGCCGAUGCAUUACGUGGCAUAAAUAGGCCUACUGAGGCUAUGGUUCAGUAUCACCAUGCAGCAGAGCUUCAACAUCAGACACCGCUUGCUGCUCUUAAUUCAAUGGGUCACGCAGCAUCUUGUAAAAUUGACUCAGGUGAUUUUGAUGGUGCUCUGUCAAUUUUUACUGAGAUGGCCUAUCAUGCUCAAGAAAGAGGCUCUUUUGAAGGUGGUAGUGGCUUCACAAUACACAGUACGUACAAAGAUAUCAUCACUAAAUGYGAGAUAAACCGAGUACUUCUCCUAAUGUUGCUACAGCCCAGUCCACAGAAAAUACAACCUGAACAUGCAGAGACACUAGAAAAGUAUCUUUGGGAUACCGAAGUAGAGGGAAGCCCUAUCCCAUGGCUGUGCGAGGAGCUCUUUAUACUUAUGCAGUCAUUGGUGAUGACUUGUCAGGCAAGAGAUGCAAGGGAACUGGCCGAACUUGAAAAAGAUUUGUGGAAAUUCUUGAACAAUGAGCAAAAGCAUUUGCUUCAUUUAGUAGUGUGUAAAAUAACCAAAUCUGAUUAAAUUCUGGGUAAAAUAUGGGGAUGGACAGAGUACAAACACUAAAACUGUGCAACAUAAAUACCACUAAAUACUGCUAAAUUAUGCAAAUUCUAUUGUUUUCUAUUGUUUAAUUAACACUAUUUUGUAGUAAAUAGUGGAAAGUGUUGCACACAUUUAAUGUUUGCACUCUAUCAAACUCUACUUUUUUAAAAUUACUAUCUACGUAUAGAGGUAUCAAAUAAGGCUAUACUCCUUGCAGCCGAAAACAAAGAGUCUAUGUAAAGGUUUAUCAGUUGAAAUGAUAUAUUUUAUUCAAUAAACUAAUUGCUUACAAAUAUUAAUUGAGAAGGUAGACUUAACAAAAUUACAUUUAUUGAUCAUUGAUUACGUACAAUAAUAUGCGUUGUGAAUUAUAUUACAUAUUUUCAAAAAGUAAGUAAGCUCUACAUCUUAUUUGUUUUGACAUGUAUUGAUUGUUUUGUUGUUUUUUUUUUUGCAAAUAUUCUACAGCUAUUCUACUUAAUUGAACUAACAGAUCGUUUCUGCAUAUUAUUAAUAUGUAUAAUUAAUUAUUCCAUAGAUUAUUUCAUAAUGAAAAAAUAUAUAAGUUCCUGUAUGCGUUAUCCCUACAAGAUAAUCAAAAUAUUAAAAGCAAUUGGAAAAGUCUGUACCUAACAGUGUCUUAUCAGAUUGUCAGAAAUCACUUUUUGAAAGAUUUUGCUUUCAUGCUCUUUCAAGGUGUUGAACCAAAACCAAUGACUUACAWGUAGAACAAAAGAAUAAAGUUGUACCAAAAAUA